GUUGCAUUGCCAACGACGCUAAGUCUGUUUUUACAAUAAAAACGCUGUAAUGUUUAUAAAAGAAAAACAAAAAUGAGCACGAUAAAGUCGCAUAUACUAAUUGGUGGUAAAUUAAUGUAGUAGCAUUUAAUUAUUUUCUAAAAGGUAAAUCAUAGAAUUUAUUUUUAAUGUACGGUACCUAUUUGAAUUUUGUUAUUACCUUAUUAGGUUCCCACCACGUCCUGGUUGUCCACGACACUCCCGUACUCAUAUAAUUAGUUUAAUAAAUAAUAAAUAUAAACGAUAAGGUAUAAGCUAACUGCUAUUCAUUAUACAUAAAUAUACAAAGUCCUAUUAGUUUAAUGACAUAAUACGUUUUGGGACAGUUUAAGUUUAAUGACAAAUAAUUAUUGGCUUAUUGCGUCACAGGCCAUACUAGUCCAUUCUCUAUACUAUAACUAUGAUUAUGAUAGGCUUAACUAUGUGACUCCAUACUCCAGUGAUCCAUGUCCUACUAUUGCUAGCGUAUGUAUGCUAUAGGCCAGUGGUUCCCAACUUUUUAAACUUGAGGAGUCCUUUUUAGAAUCAAUUUCUAUGGGGGACCACCAUAAUAGGCCUACUCUGCGUCUAACAAGUUAACAGUGUUAAGAGUUUCCUUGUGUUGCAGCGGAGCUCUUGAGAAGUGCAUGCAGAGCAAAGGUUGGGAACUACUGAUUUAGACUGUAGAGUUUAAUAAUCAGAGCUGUCCCAUAGGCCCUAGAAACUCUGCAGCCUUAUGGGGGCUCAGGUGUUUAACGGACCCAAAGUUGUGAUGUGUAAGUUUGUUUUCAACUACCCCGGUAUUAACUUUGAAUCCAGGGAUAGAAAGCUGAAAAGUUGCAGGGGAGGGGGGGGGGGCUACAAAAAGUCAUGAUCAGCUAAUAAUUAUAUAAUAAUAUUAUUUUUGCCAAAUGAUUAAUUAUUUAAAUACAGUAGGCCUAAAUUUCAGCCAUUCAGUCAGGAAUAUUAAUAUUUUUGUUAAUCAAUAUUUGAAUACUAUUUCAGCAAUAAGCCUACUGAAGUUAAAGAAUGAAUGAUAAUAAAUAAUAACAUGGAAAUUAUAAUGAACAGAAUGUUCAAAGGCAGGCUUGCAGAAGGCAAAAAAAACAAUUGUUUGAGCUCAAGUAUUUAAUUUGAAAAAAUGUGCUUGAUUUUAACUUUCAUGUGUAAGAAAGAGUAUUGCAGAUACCUUCAGAACAAUUCAUUUAUACAUUGCUUUGCAUGUUCUAUUGCUGUAAUGUUUUAAUUUUAAUUAAAAUUUAGCAAAGUGGGUGGUAAGGUACAAGGCUGACAGUUUCACUAAUAUGUUAAAUAUGUAGAAAGAGUCUAAAGAAAAAGGGCAAUAUCUGAAAAGAAAUAAAUAGUACUGGUUAACAUUGUCCUGACUAGCAUUGCAUUACACAGCUAACAAUAAACAUGUUAAAUAACUACUUAAUUACAAGCUGUAGUCCUCAAGACCUGAAUUUGUUUAGUGUAUAUUAUUAUUAAUAAAACUGUCAGCAUCGCUCGUCACCAUUAUCUUGGCCACCACCUUGCUCAUGUGGUAGUGUUUAACUUGUAGCACAUACACCGUCUUUCACACAGAAUCAGUGUGAGAUGUGUAGUAGGCUAACUCUCCUUCCUUGUGAUAAAUUGUCACACAGGAAAUGGUCAGGAAAAUGACAAUCCCCAGCGACUACAACCUGAGUAAAAGUCCCAGACCAAAUCCCUAAAGAUUUAAAUGUGUCCUUUUCCGUUUUGUCUCGGCUAUCUAAGAUAUUAUUAUUAUCUUUUAUUUUUAUAUAUCUUACAUUAACUUUUUUAAAAGAUGUUUUAAAUAGAAGGGGUUGGGACCCCCCAUGGAUGAAUGUAAAAACUCCCUUAAUUACUUAACAUUAAAAUACCCUAUAAUGAUGGAGACUUGUAAAUAUACUAAGGUAUAGCAAAUAAAAUCCCCUUUCCAACUAAAUAUAAUUCAUAGCAUGAUACACUAGGGUUCCUGAGAAAUAAAUUAUUGAACCUAGACUAAAGCGCACGUAGUGUUUCCCAAUAUUUAGGUAUUCUACGCGAUGGGGAGACGCUAGUCAUAAUGAAUGGGGUGAAAUUGAUACCCAAGCUCUAACCCCGGGGUAAACAUUCCAUACCCAAGCUCUAACCCCGAGGUAAACAUUCCAAUCCAUUGUUGGUUGAGGUCAAGUUCCAAUACAGUGUUGGGUGAGGUCAAAUUCCAAUACAGUUAUGGGUGAGGUCAAAUUCCAAUCCAUUGUUGGGUGAGGUCAAAUUCCAAUCCAUUGUUGGGUGAGGUCAAAUUCCAAUACAGUGUUGGGUGAGGUCAAAUUCCAAUACAGUGUUGGGCGCAAACACUGUUUCAUGAAAACGGGGCCUACACUGCCACAAAAAUAUAAUAGUUUUAGAGUGCGUAAUUUUAUCUGCUAAAGCACUUACAAGACUAAAUGAUAAUGUUAUUUUUUUAUUUUGAUACAGUUAAUAAUGUCAAUCAUAUACUUUUUUCAGAUACCUCAGUCCAUUAAUGGCUUGAAACCAGCUAUGAUUUUAGAAAUGACAAACUUAAUGACUUAUGUUGGGUCAUUUAUUAUAAUCAUGUCUACAGUAGUUAAUGCUCAAUUAUCAGUUUGUGAAUUUAAUCCUACAACUGUUCCCGUCUUUGCAAACAUGACCCUCGUCGUAAGUUGAAUUAUUUUAAGAUAUUGUUUUACAAUAUAGUAGCUGUUGACAAUAAUUUACUAUUCCAGGGUGAGUUCCUUAAAUACUAUGAAUUUAAGUGUAAAAUUAUUUUUUUUAUCAAGUACUGUACCUCUAUGAAAGAUGCUCCUUUCAAGGGUUCAAUUAAAUGUACAAAAUAAGAUGUUAUACUAUAACUAUGGUUAACAUUUAUAUAAAAUUAUUGUUUUCAACAGAGCUAUGCUGAAGUUAAUUCAAAUGCAGUCAAAGGAACAGCCCCUAACUACUCAGUCCAAUUUGAUAGCAUAUCUUACAUGGGUAUGAAAGUGUUAAAAAAUGGAAGUGCCGCUGGUCCUGAUAUUGAAAUUCACUAUAAUGUACAGGUAAUGAUUAGUUAUUUUGACAAAAUAUAAAAAUGCAUUGUUCAACUCAGUUAAAUUUAAAGUUUAAAAGGGAAAGUGAAUAUUAAUGAAGGCCUCUCAUUGAUUGCUCUAUGGUAAGACUUAAAAAAUAAAAUUAUGAAACAGAUAUAUUGUGUUCUUAUUUAGCAAUAUGACACCUGUACCAACCCUGACAAGAUCAACAUCUCACUCACUUUGAAAAAUCUGGAACCAUCAGCUUUAAGUUUCAUUUCAAUGAAAAUUGAUCUGGACAGCAAGUUGAAUGCCUUCUGGGAUACUGGCAUACCAACAAAUUCAGUGCUUAUAGACAGGACUUAUGUUGAGUACAAUAAUUCAUUAGAUUGUAAGUAGUAUGAUUUAAUAUUAUUACUUGUAUUUCCAUGUUAAGCAAUCAGUUCUUACCUGAAAUAGGUGCAUGAAUACUUAAGCCACUGGUAGUUUUCCAAAAGAGGAAUUACAACCCCAAAAUAGCAUAUAUUUACAUGCUACAUACUUACAUUUUUAUGUGAGCAUAAAUUUGUAUUUUUAAAGGGUCCCCAUUAUUAUUUAAACGUUUUAAGAGCAUAAAAUACUAGUUUUAUUUAAUAUUUGCUCCCUUUUCAAGAUUAAAAAGUGACAUAAAAAAUGUGCAAAACAUGAUGUUCAUAAGUGAAAAUUAAUUUUGCAUUACAAGACUAUCAGACACAAAAAUUAUGUAUGGAAGAUGAUGUGGAUCAGCAUAGAGAGUUAAAUGCCUGAUUAUAUUUGGCAUUUUAAAAAAGAAAACUAGUAAAAAAAAAAAUUUAAGGGCUAUUCGAGAGGGAAAAAACAUCAAAUAAUAGGUAUUAAAUGCUUAAAUCAUGUUUCCAAUAAGUAAAUUUACAUUGUCUUAAAUUAUGAAUUGCUUACUUCCAGCUUAGGUAAAGUGUCAACAAUCGCUAGUUUCAUGAAUGCUGUGUUGAUUAAAACAGUAUAUUUCAUAUAGAAAUAAAACCAAAGCAUAAUAAUGAUAAUAAAAAUAUUUCUAAUGCAAAUUUAAAAAAUAAAAUAUUAUUAUCAACAGGCAACAGUUCAAUCACAAUCCAUUUCAUAGCAGUCCCAGCUGGUAAUGGAGGCAUCAAUUUACCAGAGGGAAUAAAUUAUUUCUUUGCCACCAUCUACUUUACUUAUGUAUGUACUCUUUGAUUUUUUUUUCUUUAUUAAUUUUGUGUGGUUAUUUUUCUACAACUUAAAAAUAAUUUUAAAAAACAUCAACACCAACUGUGUAAUUUGAUAAGAUGAAUUUAAAAAACAAAUUCAUUAAAAAAAAAUUAGCUUCAUUUUAUAUAACAAUUUGAAUUAAAAGUUGUUAUAUCAUAUUUGUGUUGUUUUUGCCAGUGCACUUUGAAAUCUUUAAAAUUCAUAUGAUAUCCUCAACAGCUCAACACAACAUAUGGUACAAUCUGGCCCUCAAUUUGCAUACUAAAAAAGACUACAAUAAUAGAAAAUGUAAGUGAAAUAUUGUGCGUGCCAGAUAAUCUUUACAAUGAAUUUUCAAAUUAGAUAUGUAAUAUUUCAGAGACUACUUAGUUACAUUUUCUACUUCAAUUACAAAAAAAAAGAUUUUAGUGAUAUCUUUGCUCGUUUUCUUAUUUUUAAUUCAAUUUACUUAAAUUUCAGAUAAUUUACCAGCAUGGCUUUACUGCCUUAACUUUUUUCAUUAUGCUGUUGGUGGGCAUUGGACUGGCUGUACUGGCUGUCUGGUUGUUCAUAUGUAUAAGAAGGAGACGAAGAGAUGCCUCCAUAACACCUACCAAAUCAGAUGUGAGUUUUCAGGCUUUAAUAACUUAAGUUUGCAGUAAAACAAAAAUGAUGUGCUGCUCAUGGCUCUGGUUGGGAUUGGGGAACACAUGCUAAAACAACUGUGGGCACUAAAUAUAAAUUUGUAUGAUGUCUUUUAAUUAAAAAAACAAAUGUACAACAAAUUUAUUUUGAAAAUGAGAUGAAGCACUGAAACAUAAAUGCAAUUGGACUAUUUAAAAAUGUAAUAAAUUUAUUUAUUUAAAGAGAAGGCUUGAAAGUUGUCUUUCAAAUAAAACAGUGGUGAGAAUGAUAGAGCACAAUAGUUUUAAUAAAAAUAAAUUACUUUUAAUAAAACCAUGUCUUAUAACAUGAAUUUAACAAAAAUAUAUUAUUAUAUGAAAUGAAUAAUUUAUUGACAGGGUAAAGGCAUAAAAGGGCAAAGGAAAAAAAUUGUAGUUGAUGCCAAAGCUGCUAUGAGAAGUGGUAUAAAUUCAAUAAAAGAUUUCAGGUAUUUAUGCCUAUAUUUGAACACAAAUCAUAUAUGGAAUUCAUGAGCUUAAAAUUAUACUAAUUAAGCAUAGCAAAUCCAUAUUGUACAACUUUCUGCUAGUUUAAUAGUAUUAUUAAUCAAAUGGUUUUGCAGUAACGCUAAUAGUUAAUUUUUAAACACUUGUCUCCACUGUAAUAAUUUUAAAAUAAAAAGGCUUUAAUAACUUUAAAAGUAAAAAAAAUUAUUUGAUAUUACUUAUUUAAAAUUCAUCUAGCUUUGUAAUAGAUUUUUAAAUGUUAUCAGUAUUUUUUUCUUGUUUUCAGUUUAAUUGCAUGGAAUGAUAGUCUUGUCUUUAUUUUGGGGCUUAGAGAUAAGCUACACAUGUAUAGAGAAAUUGACAAGUAUGUAUCAAAUAUAACAUCUUUUCUUAUUGUUAUGUCUAUGUGAUUAAGUUUUUAAAAAAUAUUUCUGAGUGAAUAUAUUACCUUAUUUUAAAGACACAGGCAAACUAUCUAUGCAUAUGUUUGAUAGAUUUCCUUAAAUUUGAUUUGUCUCAGUCAGAGAACAAUGUUUAGGAUCUUUCCCAAAUCAAAUACUGAUAUUUUAAAAAUAAUUAUCAGUAUCAAAGCAUAUACUUUCUGUCUUCUCAAUGAUUUUAUGCUUGCUAUUAAAUUUAUUUAGCUUGGACAUUUUGUCUACAAUUCAUGUGGACACUGAUCUUGAAACAGAACAAAGUGAUACAGCCAUUCAGGCCAGUCUUCUUCUAGUACAAGGUCUCAGAUACAAUGGAGACAUUAGUAAAACAACAGAGGAUAAAGCCUAUCAAAACAUGCUGGUUAAAACACAUUUUUUCAAUUUCUAAAUGUAUCAAUUCAUUAACAGCUUAGUUUAUUACAAAAGUAUAUUUCAGUGCCUUUUCUAUUUAAAUUUAAAAAAAUUAUGGAAGAAGUAAAGGAUUUUGAUUUUUUUGUUUUUAAAUUUUUGAGUAAUUUUUACAACUUAACUACAAGUUUCAAAUCUGUUGUUUUUUUUAAAUUUUAAUUUUCAGAGCGAAUUGAAAGCUUUGGAGAAAAAGCUAGAUGCAGAUUAUAAGAAAGAAUUGGAAUCUAUUUUUACAGACAUAGAAGCAAAAAAUAAAGUAAAAUUUGUUUUCAUAUUGGAGUAAAAAGUUUGAGAAAUGAUGGCCACAAACACAUGAAAAAUAAAGUAAAAAUAUCUUAUCCACAUUGCAAAAUAUAUCAUAGUUGUAUUACAUUGAAAUUUUGGAUCACUUUAAAUUAUAAAAUGCAUUUUUCCUGUUUUUUAUUUAUUCAGUAGACUUACUUAUAUAAUAUGAAUUUUAAAAUGUAAACAUUUUUAAAAAAAUUGUUAUUCAGGAAAAACUUGGUGAUCUCAUGAGAAAGCAUAAGGAGCAUAGACAAGAUGUACUCAGACUUGCCAAAGACAUGAAAGAAACAGUAAGAUUUUCUUUUCUAUCUGUGCUUCACAUUUAUUAGUUUGUUUGGAAAAGCUACAGAUUAGAAAUGGACCAUUUAUAAGUUUGUUAUGUCUAUAGGUAUAGUUGAAUUUUUUUUUAAAAAUAAGCGACAAUACAUUAAUUUUAAUUAAGUUGACUUACUGUUUUUAUCACUGGUGGUGUAGUAUUUCUAUAUCAUAUGGCUGCUAUUAAAUUUGUGCAGAUUGUUAUUUAAAUAAAACCCACAUUAAUUUGUUAUUGAGUUAAAAAUUACUUACUUUUUUUUCAAAUUAUUUUUCUAGGACACAAAAAAAAUUACAGAACUGAUAGAUAAACAACAAGAAAUGGAAGAAAAUGAGUUAAUCUACAAUCUUGCCCUUGAACAAAAUGAAGAUGUUGAGAAACUCAGAAAGGUUUAAGUCUUGUCAUUUAUUUAAAGAAAGAUCUGUAUUUUUGCCACUAUUGUGAAAAGGGAAUUUUAAGGAACUCACCCUGGCAUCAAAUUGCUAAUCUGCCCAAAAAGUUGAAAUGUGUCAAUUCAUAAUCAAUUCAUCGAUUUAAGAAAUAAGUAGCUAGAAUUUGUUACUUUUGAAUGUGUUCUUAUAACAUUAAUUGUGUUAUUGAUUAAGGCUAUGCACUGGCUAAUACAUUUUAAUUGGAUAUACCAAGACAAAAGUCUUGUUCUCCCUGCAAAUUAGAUGGUCUGCACUGCAACUGCUUAUGGCACUGGCCUUCAAAGACCUAUUUGAAAUGAUUUAUUAAUCUUGAUAGAAUUAAUAUUUGUUCUUUUGCAAUUUUUUUUCAGGAAUAUGCUAUUAGGAAACGCAUGCAUGUAAAGGAAAUGCAGCAAAAAUUCAUCAGGGAAGUUAUUGAUAAUGGAAAGCUGACAAAUGAUAAGGCACAGUGGUUGUUGAAGCAGCAUAAACAGCAGCAGGAAAAGAUCGCCCAUAAAUAUGAUGAUGAGAUCUCCAGACAACGGAUGAUUUUAGAAGAAAAACUUGCGAGAAGGCGGGCUUUGGCAAAAGCUACUGUUAGUAAUGUGAAAACAGUUUAUAAAGAAAUUAAAGAAACUAAAUUAUAUCAUUGACCUUGUAAAUUAUAAUCUUUAUUAUGUAUUUGUUUAAAAAAUCAUAUUGUAAUUGCGAUAAAAGUUUUUCACAACAUUUUGAAGAUGAACGGGUAUUUAUUUUUUAAAGUAAUAAAUUUCAUUUAUACUAUAUGAUAAUUAGGAAACACAAGAUGAUGACCAUAUUGAAACUUUGAAUAUGAUUGCAUCCAUUCAAGUGAAUCUAAUUCAAAAGCUUAAGACGUGAGUUAUAGAAGAGUGUGUUUGUGUUAAUCAUUUUUGAUCUCGAUUGUUAUCAACCAAUCUUCUGUGGCAUCCAUCUAUGUUAGAAAAAAAAACUGUUUAAAUUUACAAAUGACAUAUAUAAAUAAUCAGUAAAUGUUUGGGAUGUACUGUUGCUUUUUGAAUCUCUGAUAUUUUUAAAAAAAGCAAGAAAGCUAUUUCACAACCACAAAGUAAUCAAGCUUUAAGAUCUUACAUUGCUUCAAAAUUAUCCAUAAAAAGUAUUAUAUGUUUGUAGCCAACCAUGAUUAAACAGCAUGUUUUCCAUAAAUCAUUGGAGGCAUGAAAUUUAUCCCGUGUAUUAGCAAUGAAAAGAGAAAUACAAGUUAUCAUGUUGCAGGUCCAAGAAAUUAACAUCUGAACAAGCUGAGGACUACAUGGAUAAAACAAAAGCUCAACUUGAAGCUGUGAAGGAGGCAAAUGAUAAAAACAGGGAAGUAAAACAACAAGAGUUGUUUAAGAAACUUACCCAAGAGAAACAAAUGGCUUUGGCAGAAAAGGUAGUAAACAUAAAGUAAACCCCACAAAAUUAAACCAUUUUCCUGUUUUUUAAUUAAAGACUGGUGAAAAACAUAUUUUUACAAUUUGGUCCAAGGAGAAAGGACUUUAAGAAAUUAAAUAAACAUAUUCUGUUAGUUUAUUUGGUAAGGCUCAUAGAUUUUUGCUUUGGUUCACAGGUAAAACAACAUUCUGUACAGCUUCAAGAGUAUGUUACAAAGAACAAAGCCCUACAAACAGAAGGACCAGUAGGUGAGUUUAGUAUUGCUAGAAUCCUCCAACUUAUUAAAGACAGAUUUUAUUGUACCUAUAAAGGUAAAAGUUACACAUUUUUGUUGCAGAAUCUGAGAAAUAAACUUUAAAAGUUCCCGACAUGUUAUUGAAAUCCUGAAAUUCUCAUUAUUUUUCAUUAGACAGAAAAUUGUUAAAAUUAAUGUUUUGAAUUAUGCAGAUCCUGUUUCUUAUGUAAAUGGUCUAGUAACCAUUAAAUCUGGACAUCGUGAAGAGCUAAGUCAACUGGAAAACAAAAUAGAUGAAGCUCAGGCCCAGGAUCUGUUCACAUUGAGAGAACAACUGUCACAAAAUGCUAAACAAGAACUGGAUAAAAUGGAACAACAACUUAUUGAAAAUGUUAAAUCACAAGGUAAAGAUAAAUCCUUUGUGGUGCCCCUACAAAUAUUUUGGUUCAUUGGUACAAUCAUGUCAAUUUAGUUCAACUUUCUAGUUUAAUAUUAAUUUCAGAUGUAAAUUUAUUAUUUUACAUUAUUUUAUAAAGAAAAGUUCUUUAACUGGGCUAAACGAAACAUGAACAAUAUUUUAAAAUACUGUGAUAAUACACACUUAGGUUUUACUGUUGUAAAACACUUUAAUAAUAAAGAAAUGCUUUUCAAAUUUACCAUUUCCAUUUCAUAUCUGGGUUAAGAUAGUUCAAAAAAUCUUUAUAAGGAAAAGUUUAGAGUCUUAAACUGAAAUUAUUUAAACAUCAUUGUGAAUAUUAACUUACACAUUUAUAACAGGAAUACAAGAUGAUGAAAUUGAAAAAAUUAUGAAAAAGCAUAAAAAAUCAGUUCAAGAUUUGGAAGAAAGACAGAAGACAAAUAGGAGAAAUCAGGAGACUAAGCUAAAAGUAAAUGUUUGUCCUUGUUCAAGAAGUGUCAUGUUAAGUAAAAAUAUCAUUUCUUGAUAGCGUUGGAAUAUCAUUAUUAACUUGAAAUGGCUAAGAUCAGAAAAAUUACGAAAUACUCAUAUUUUUUCCAUACACUCAUUGCACUGUAAGGUUAAAAAAAAUAAUAACUUUAAACAUCAUUUUAAAAUGAAUAUAAUAUAUGUGCACAUAUGUCUAUGACAAGCACAUAACUUCUAAAAACUUAUUUCAACAAGCGUUAUGUAUAUGAGCAGUGAUCACCAAACUAUUUAUUAGUUGUGUAAGAUAAUGUUAAUCUAUUUAUAGCUUGAGCUAGAGAGAAGAAAAAAAGAGUGGGAUGAGAUGAGAGCUAAAGAAAAACAGGAACAGCAUGAUCUAAGAGAGUAUGAAGCAGAGGUUGUGGAGUAAGUAUUUCCUUCUCAUAAUUUAGUCUAGAGAACAAAUUGAGAAGUAUAUUUAUGAAAACUUUAAAUUAAAAACAAAUAAAAAAAACCUAGUUGAAAAUCUGGUCAAGAAUUAGCAGUUAGUGAUGAAAUUACAAAAACUAGACAAAGGGCGUUAACUAUUAAACCCAUGAAAUAUCUCCUGUUAUUCUUUUUUUGAAACACAUUUCACUGAUUUCUAUAUUAGGAAAAAAAAUAUACCAGGGCUUAACUGGGUGCAGUCCUUUCACAUCGGGUCCUGGUAUUUUGAGAAAAUACCCAAUGGGUCCCUACCUGCCAGCCUUUAAAAAAUAGGCCUACAGACAGUCCUACACCAUACCCAUGGCUCUUUAUUGAUUAAUAGUAACCUCCUCCUAAAAUUAAACCUGGGUUCAACCAUCACGCAUGAUGCUCGUCCAUGAGUAGGGGGAGGGGCGGUUUUGAAAUGGAAGCAAAGCACCCCAGAAGCUAAAUAUAUAUAUAGAUAUAAGAGAUAUACUUAAUAGCAAAAAAACAACAACAAAUAGCCACACAUUAUGAAGCAUAAUGGAUUUAUACAUUUGGAUUUAAAUCUUUACACAUUCUAUGGUCCUUUCAUUUAUAACUUAGUAAACUUCUGGGUAGUCAAGUGGCUAUAUCAGACUCAGAGAGGGACAGAAUACUGAAAGAACAUGAGAAGCAGAUGGUUCAACUUGAAAACAGGUAUAAUUGAAAUUUAAUGAUCAUUGCUAUGGAGAUUAACUUCAGUUAUAACCAGUGCUUUUUUUGUAAAAAAUAGGUGCCGGUACUCAGUGAUGGAUUGCCUAUCUUUUAACUACCAGUUCGCAUCUCGAUGCAAGCCAAAUCACAACUGCAAAGAUACUAAAUGUCUAAAACAAUUAAUUAUUACUUAAAUUAUCAAUUUCUAACUGCGCUCGUUUUAAUUUCUUUAAAUCUUAAUUAUUACAUUCAAAUUUUGAAAUUUUAAAGGCAUUACGUCUUAAAAACAACCAUGACCAGAAAUAGGUUAAUAACCAAUGACGUAACAUUACAAGUGUGUGCGGAAAGCAGUUUCGCAUUUUAUAUUUUCAUUCUUAUUGCGCGCAAUUUUAAAAUAAUUCAAUUUUAACAAAUUAAUAAUAUAAUAAAUUAAUAAUAAACGUUAAAAUAUAAGAAAAGUAAUAAUUUUUUCCCCACAUUGAAAAAGGUGCUGGUACGCUGUACUGGUGCGUACCGGCACAAAAAAAGCACUGGUUAUAACAUGCUAAAUUACUUGGUAAUUUUAGAGCACUAUUUUAAACAAAAAUGUUGAUGGGGAUGAUAUGCAUCUUGAGAUUUUGUUUCUACUGCUUUCAUAUGUCAUGUUUUAUCUGUUACUCUUAUAACUUUAGCUUAACUUUAAACAAACUAAGACAGAAGAGAAUGCUGGAAGAGAAAAUUGCUCUCAGAAGAGCCCAACAAGUGGAGGAACUACAACAAAAGCAAAAUGCUGAACUUGCUGUAAGUUUGUGAAAUAUUAUGGAAAAUAAGUUCUAUUUUUUUCGAUUGUAAUAUAUUGUAGAACAAUUUUACAGUUUGUACAAUUCCAAUUCGACAGUACAUACAUUUAAUAAUUAUCCUAAAAUUCUGACACUCUCUAAUAUCUUUAAUAAAGUUAACAGUCACCUAUAAAUCUGUGAAAUCCAUGUUUAAUCAUUUCUUUAAAGUCUAAAAAAAAACAGAAUUAACACAGUUUCAUAUGUAUUGUCAUUCUGUUGCUUUGAGCUUACCCUCUGUAAAUAUCACAACAGUACUUGUUAGCCUAGUGAUAAAUUUAAGACCACCAUAUGUGAUUCUGUGCAUGUGACAUAAUCUGUAAGUUAUUAUUUCGUCUUGCUGAAGCAAAUAGUUACAUGGGUGGUGAGGGGAUCCACAAUACAGUUUUUAAUAAUAAUACAAAAAAUUGUGCUUCCAAAGUGACUUCAUAUAAUUGUAUUGUAUGUUAUAAUGUAUACUGGUUUAUAAAUAUGUAUUUUUUUUUGGAGUGGGGAUGAGAGCUCAUUGCACAUAUGCAUAGGAGGUGCCCAAAAAAGACUAAUGCAACUGGGCUUUAAAAUUUGACUUUUUUGUACAUAUGUUAUAUAUGGAUAGCGCUUAAGAUAAAUCAUUCGAUUAAAGUCAACCAGACAACAAAAUCACAUUGUUGAUAUUUGUUGAUAAGUGGCAACCAAAUAUAUAGGGUGAUCUCCCUUAUAAGGUUUUUAUUAACUUUUUCAUGGUUUACAAUUAUAAUUUUUUCAAACUUUCACAAAAAGAUCAGUCCUAGAGGAAUACAUGCAGUUUGCCAAAAGCAGAAUAUUUAUAAAAAUAUAGCUUGUGGAUGUCCGUAAGAUCCAUUCUACCCCCUCCCCCUUGUCAGCAGUUGUCAAAUUUUGAACAACCCUGGUCCCCCUUUUCUAGUGAAAUGAUUUUUAAAAAAACAACCUUUCAAUUGUAUCAUUUCAGAAACAUAGGAGGAUAGCAGAGGACAAUGGAGAAGAAGAUGAACCAGAAACCCGUGAAAAAGAACUGACAAUCAGGAAAAAACAUGCUGAACAACAAAUAGCACUUAUCCAAGGAGUUGACUUCAACUUUGAAAAAGAACUUGAAGAGGUCACAUUUCUUAUACAUUGUAGCAAAAAAGUAUUUAUGCCAUGCAUUAAAUUUUCCUCUUUUAUUUCUGUUAGCAAUUUUAAUGUGUAUUCCUUGAAUAACUUUAUCAACUACAAGUUAAAUAUUUAGAGGCAGGGUUUGGGAGAUGGUUAUCGAACAUGUUUUUUUCCCAAAUAGAAACAAUUAGAACAUAAUUAGAGUUAUUAGAAUAUUAAAUUUGUCAUUUCAAAAUUCAUCACAUUCAGUUAGAAUGUGGCAUGAUUCAUUUUUUGCUUAAGUAGUCACUAAGUCAGAAUCUUCUCUCUCUCUCCUCCCCACCUUCUAAUAAAAAUCAUCUUCAUUGAGAAGAAAUAUUAUCUUUCAAAGCAUCUUUAAACACAGUUUAAAAUAUUCUUUUCAGAUUCGCAUUGAAAUGAUCAAAGAAAGAGCUUUGGCUUUAAAAGAUCAGGAAGAGAGACUAGGUGCCCUAAUAGUCUCACUGCAGAUGAAUAAAGCAAGAGAGGUCAACAUUUUAUUUUGUUGUUUAGUUACUUUUAUGUAAAACCAGGUGUGAACAUUUUUAACGGUUGUUGGGGCGAGUCUUUUGUCAUGGUGUGUUCAAUGAGUGUUGAUGUUCUCUUUGUAAAAGGGGCUCAAAAAUUGAACUGAUAUUUAAUAAAGAUAUGAUGACUGAUUGAUUACUUGUAUUGCGCUUGUGUCCAUGCUAUUUUAGCAUGCUCAUAGGCCUACAAUAAAUUAUUACAUAUUGCUUUAUUUUGGAUUUUAUUGUUAACUUUGCUUUUAUUUAGAUGGCUAAAAUUGAAGAGCAACAGAAAGCUAUUAACAAUUUGAAAGCAAAUAUGUUAGAUGAUUUAAAUGCUAGGGGAAUCUUAACUACGCCAGAAUGUGAAAUGAUUCUCAACAGACAUAAAGAGGUACACAUUUUAAAUAAUCAAAAUUAAACUACACUCUAAAUUAUAUAAAUUAUUACAUAUCAACGUAGCUGAGAAUAAUUAUAUGUGAACUUUUUACAAAUUUUUCUAAGUAUUUUUAAGAAAUUCAUUAUGACACAAUUUAAAAACAACUUUUUAAUCAAUUAUGGCUUAUUUAUAGUAUCUAAAUCUAAUAUCCUGUUUAACCUGAUUGUACAAAAUGUUUAACAGUUGACAUGCAAGUUUCCUUGUCUUUUUUAUUUUACUUUUUCCACAUUAGCUUAACUAAAUUCCAAAAUAUAUGCAUGACUUUCAGGAGCAAGAAAACCUCAAUGAGAAGUUAGAGAAGGAGAGAGCAAAACAAGAAAAAGUCAGCAUUUUGUAAACGUGUUAAUAUAUUUUGCCUAAAUAUAACAGCAUAUAAUGUUUAUGAAAGUGUAGUGUUGCAUUUAUAAGCACUUUUCAAUUGAUAAUUCAUAAUAUAGUAUUAGUAUUAACUAAAAUUUACCACUUAUAUUUUUAUACUUAUUUUACCACAAUCUGAACUUUAGUGUAAUAAGGAUUUUUCAUUUAUCCAUAAAAUUCAGAUGUUGCAACUUAAACUUCAAGAACGACUUAAGCAAAGAGAAGAACUGAUGUCCCAAAAACAGGAAGAAGAACUGAAAAUGCUACUGGAACAGGCUACAAAUAAAACAAGUGCUAAAAUCAGACAUGCACUACUCAUGCACAAACAGUUGGUGCAGAUGGAGAAAUUCAAGUUUGUAUUAAACAUCACCCUUUGUUUCUAUCUCUCUUUUUUUUGGGCCUGUUAUAUUUAUCAAUAAUAAUAUUUUUAAAAUUAUUUGCAGGAACAAAUGGCAGAGAGAGAUUAAUCAGUCACUAGAGGAUACUAAAAGAGACUUUCAGCUUCAGAAACAAAAGAAAGUGCAGGAAAAGGUAAAUAGUUUUAUACUAAUGUAUGGAGUUAGCAGAUCAACUGGACAGUUAAAAUAAAUUUAAAGUAAAUAGCUUUAUUGUUCUAUCAUAUAAAUAUUGAUUGUGUUAUAAAUUGCAAAAGUUUUUUUUAACCCUUAAGAAAAUUAAAAACUAUUUUUUAAAAAUGAUCCAUUUGCAAAAAUCUACUUCAUGGCUAGGAUAAAAUGUUUGUAAAAGUUUUUUUAAAACAUUUUUUCAAAGCAGUUAGAUUUUAGCAUUUUGAAAAAUACAUAUUAGUUACAGAAGUUUUCAAUUAUCAAAUCAUACAGGAUAAAUUGAAAAUAAUUGUAAUGUGAAUGGAUCAUUUAUUUUGAAUUCAUCCUCUAACAAUCUUCUUACAAUCCACAGGAGUUGGAGUUUCUUUCAGGUCUUAUAAAAAUUGGUGGCUUUGAGCGCAAUGAAUUAUUAGAUGUCCUGCGUAUGUUAUUCCCUGGAAAAACAGAGAAAGCAAUUACAGACAUGCUUAACAUUAUUGAUGUAGAAGAUAAGAAAUCUCCAUCCAAAACGUGAGCAGAUUCAGUCACUUUUAAAAAACUGUUAAAUUGUUAAAAAUUUUAUGAAGAUAUAAUGGUUAUGCCAUUAUUCAUUGUUUGAUACAUAUCACAAUACAUUAUCACAAUACAUUUGACAAGCUGUGGCACUUGGGCAAAAAGUGAUGUUUCAGUUAAGGGGCAUUCUAUAAAUGAUGUAAGACAUCAAAAAAAAAAAUGGGGGAAAGAGGAAGUCACAUGCUUUUGAUGAUUUGUGACAAGGGAGUCUAACUUUUGUGACAAAUGUGUGAUGAUGGAGGUGGUGGGAAUAACAAAUUGGCCAAAUGAAGGAAACAUCAUUUAUUUUUGGCCCUUAAUCACAACAAAAAACCUCAACAAUUAUUUUUAAAAUUUCUAUAGAGAAUAAUAAAACUUGUAUCCCAUAAUUGUAUGGCGGAUAAAUAUUGAUGUUAAAGAUUUUGUUUUACAUGAUAAUUAUUCUUAUAAAAAUAAUAUGACUAACAUUUAUGUUGCAGACAACUAGCACCUGUAUGUACAUUUUCACAAUGGCUAUUUACUGUGAUCUAAAUCCUUUAAAAUUAUAAUGCCUAUAAAAUUAUUUUCAACUGAAAUGUGAACCUUGUUUAACUAAGAUUGCUGUGGUGUUUCUUUUAACAUUGGUUAAUUGUAAUGCAUAUCUCUUUAUCAUUAUAUUUCUCAAUGUUGACCUCCUAUAGUUGAGUGUUAAAGAAUUAUUAUCAAUUAUAUAAAAAAAACAUUUAAUUAAAAAAAUUAAUUACGUUAAAAGCUAAAUAAGAGAAGAAAAAAAUAUAUACAAAUAUGCUCGUUUGUUCAGGCUACUGUGGCAAACCCAUAUCACAAAACCUGUGUCACUCACACCUGUGAUCUGUGGGCUUUUAGGGUUGAAAAUCUAAUUUAAAAAUACAUGGAAAUAACUCUACAGACUUUCCAUGUCUUUCCAGAUAUUAUUCCAUAACUCUGUGAAAAUAAUUUAUUUACAUGUCUUGCCAAAUAUUAAUCUUAACAUUUCCAGAACUUUUAAUCUGACUUAUGAGAGACUAAGGUUGAAAUAUAAUCUAUUGAUGUAUUUUCCUACUGAUUUAAAAACAUUUGAAAACAAUAUAUAUAAAUGUAUAUAUAUAUAUAUAUUUAGUUAUUUAAAUCUUAAAAUGUUUUAUUUUGGAAAGGCACAAAAUUAUUAUGGAAUUUAUUAUAUAAUCCUAAUUUUGUAAUGAUUCUUAAUGUGAUGGGCUUAUUUCUUUUUCAUAACAUUCUAAAAAUCAAUUUAUCGAUAUAUAAGUGUAUGACUUUAUGACUGGGAUAUUUUAAAGCUUUUGAUUUAAUUCAUUUGUAAAGUUUUAACUUACACAGGGUGAUUAAAAAUGUAUAUAACUCAUUCAAUCAUACAUUAUGUGAAAGCUGGUUUAAAGAAGCACAAUCAUAGAUUGAUUGUUUAAAUACUGAUUCGCAUAUGAUACCAUGAUCACAGCUUACAAUGAAUAAGCUUUUUAAUUGGUAAAACAUUUCAUCAAUUGUGACAGUAAUUUUUAAGGGCCGUGCACAUAUGACAUAACACAAAAAUGACCCCCUACCCUUUAUAACAUUAUAUAAAAUUUCCAUUGACCACCACCACCUAAUAUUAAAUAAUUUUCUAAUCCCACCCCCCCCCCACACACACACACAAACAUAAAACAUUGGUACUACAAAAAUUUUGUUUGUGCAUUUUAUAAAACAACUGUUACUUUAAAGACUACAGCCAAUAAUGUACCAUUGAAACAAGACGAAUCGAGCAAAUUUCAAGCAAACAGCCUGAAAUUUUUUUUUUUCAAAAAUGUGCCAAUUAUUUUAAUCAAAAAAUACAAUUAAGUUUUUAAUAAUCUAGAGUAAUUUCAUAACUCUGAAAAGCAGAAAUUUUGAAAAUAUACUAAUAAACUUUUUAAAAAAUAAACAAAAAGAAUUUUUAUAUAACAUUGUUCUCCCGCCCCCCGCAUGACACAAUUCAGCAACAAACUAAACCAUCCCUUACCUGCCUCACGUUAUAUAAAAUGUGCACAGUACCCAUCUCACUCAGCUUUAAACUUAACUAUUUGCAUUGCACUCUCUGAGAAGCAAAAUAAAAUUUUAAAGUCACAAGCUUAAUUAAGUAAUUUAUGUUGAAAAAAUAAUUCUUGAAAUUAAAUAUAUCUAAACAUUAUUUAAAUGUUGUAUUAUAUUCAUAAAUGUAAAGUAAAUGCAAAGAAUAACAUUUCCUACCAAAAGGUAUAAUUAGUCAAAAUUGUUUAUUACGUCUCUAUAUAUUUAGGUUCAAAAUACUCUUCCAGUGGAUGAAAUAGAUUAGCGCAUAAAUUAGGGAUUAAGAUGCCAUAAUUGUCCCUGUUAUUUUACAAGGCUAAUUGUUUUCAUAUUUUCUAUAACUUUUUACUGAUGAUAAAAGGUUCAAUUUAAAAAAAAAAAGCUCUUCUUCUGAGGAUUAAUUUUUUUUUAAAUUUUGUUCAUAGAAAUUGGGAUUGUUUAAUUCCUAACAUUAAAAGUGGGAAUGUCUUGCAAUAACUGUAAAUGGUAUCAAUUUAUUUCUAUAGGGCAAGUCAAAGAAGUACACUAAGAGAUCGAGUUUACAUGACUCGGUACUCACAAAAAUUGCUUAGACAAGGUGCAGUCAAUUCAACAGCAUCUGAGUACAGGUAUUUAGUUUUACUUACUCAAGGGCUGACUUGAACCUUAUUAGCACAUGCUUUGUUUAUAUAAUUAUAAGGACAAUUUAAAAUCUAUAUUUUGUUACUCAAAACUGCUGCAUGGCAUCUGUGGGUUAGCUGCGCGGCCACACAGCUUAAAGGGAACAUUGCUUGUGAUAUUAUGUGUCAAUUUUUUAAAAAUAUAAAUAUGCUAUUCUCUUAAUGUAAAUACAAAAAUGCUUUAAAAAAAUGUUUUUUCACAGAUCUGACCGAAAAAUCCUAAGAAAUGAAUCUAGUUUAAGUAUUGCAUCAUAUACUGAUGGGAUUAAGAACAGGAAUCAGUUUGGCCCUCAGGAUUAUAACAGAAAAUCCUCCAUGCUUAGUCCAACUCCUCCCUUUGAGACAGCAAGAUCUUUUUCACCAAGUUAUCAGUAUCAAUCCCAGGAUGAUAGUUACAGAAAGAGUCAUUUAAAUAGUGCAUAUAGUGAUGAAGAUGAUGAAGAUGAAUAUCCUAGACCUGAGACCAGAAACAAUUUCAAAAAAAGAGAUAAUUAUGAUAAGGUUCAAGUAAGAGGAAAUAAUUAUACAUUAGAGGACAGACAAUAUUAUGAUGAAGAAGAAGAUAGUGGUGCUGAAACAAAUGGAGGCUACUUAACACACGAUAUAAAGUACUUGGGAAAGUUACCUCCCCUGAAAGAUACAGCAAAACCAACAAAAAAGAAGAAAACUUUAUUGAAGAAAUUAGCUAAACAUGAAAGUGAUGAAGAAGACUAGAUAUUUUUAAAAAAUUAAAAUUUACAUUAAAUUUUCGUAAUGCAAUUUUAUAUAUGUGAAAACAAGUUGGUUUCAGGGAUUUAGCUUUUAGUAAUUAAUAAAACAUGCUCAUGCUAUCUUUAACGGCAUUAUUUGAUGCACGAGUUAACUAUUUACACAAUAUAUUUAUAUGAUAUUCAGGUAUAAAUCCUGAGACAAUAUUUGAUAAUGUAUGAAUUGUAAAGGUUGUAAAGGUUUAUGUGUAUUUGUGGACUUUUUAAAGAAAUAAAAUAUUUUAAUUAUUUUUUUUAUUAUUAACAUGCAC